AUGGUGGUUUCACAGAAUGAUGAGAUUCCUAUUGGGUGGCCAUUUGGUCUUGGUAUUCUCAAUAUGAGGCUAAGAGUUGUGGAAUCACUUCCAGCAAAUAAUGUUUCAGCUGAGCCAUACUCAUUGUCAUUGCAUAUUCCUUCCACAAGUUUUUCUUCAGUCACAUCCUCCAACCUUGACACUGAGUCAACAGCAUCAUUCUUUAAAGACAACAGUGUAUCCCUCGGGCAUCUAAUUGGAAUCAGAGCAGGUGAAAGAAGCCGCUUAUACUUCCCAAACACAAUAAGAUUUGAAGAAAAAGAGAACAAACCAUUAGCAAGGGAUUCUUGUUCUAAUGAUACCUCUAAAUCACAAGAAGUAGACAUGUUCUGUGGAAUUUGCAUUCCCUCAUUGCUUGAUCCUCUGCUAAUAAAGAUUAGCAAGAGUAAGAAAAAUUGA